AAAUCAUUACUUCUUUUUCUGUUAAAACCUACUAUUAUGGUACGAAAGCCAUGAUAUUAACUAUUUGUUUGCAGGUGCUCUACUAAACCAAGUUCUCGCUGUCUUCUGCUCCUGCUGAAUGUCAGGUAUUCCUCGAGCAUCGCUUCAGUCCAGUUUCAUAGUACACCAUCUACCACUAUCAGAUUUAUCUGAUGUACGAACUAACCAAUUAGUAAUCCUCUUUAUUUAAUCAGCAUGUGGUAUGUUACAUUAACCAUUGAAAUAUGCAAGUUUAGCUGCCUGUCAUAUCGGAUGAGUAGCCUAAAUACACCAAAUCUUAAUAAAACAUUGUUAUGUACAUAUGACACGUCUGAAGAAAGCUAGUUUAGAUCGCUGCUGCUGUUUUAGUAUCUAUUGAGCAAGCUUGAGCACGAAUUUUCUGUUUAGACAAACAGAUUGGUAUGUGAUAUUACAAUAACAACUGAAUAAAGGCUUUUAGAAUACUUCGUUUCGUUUCUAAUGAGCAGCUCUUACAUAUGAGUCAGUUUGAAACAUCAUACAUGUGGCAUGCCUGAAAUAAGUCUGUUUUUAACAUCUGUUCAACAAGCUUGAACACGCAUUUCCUGUAUAGACUACCAAUAUGGUACGUGGUGUGGAUAUGCAGUUUAGAAUACUUUGUUUGUAAUAAGCAGCUUAAACACACAGAAUUUGUUUAAGACAUCGUACUUGUAGCGUCUGUUGAGCAACCUUGAGCACGCAUUUCCCGUUUAGACAGCAAGUAUGGAUAUUACAUUAAUAACUCGAAGCAAGGCAGUUUAGAAUACUUUGUUUGUAAUGAGCAGCCUAAAUACACAGGAUCAGUUUAAAACGUUGUACGUGUAGCAUCUAUUAAACAAGCUUGAGCACGCAUUUUCUGUUCUCAGUAUGAUAUGCGAGUUAAUACUGAAGUAAGGCAGUUUAGAAUACUUGUUUCUGAUUAUCGAGCUUAAACAACCUACAUGAGGUAUGAGGAUACUAGAUAUUCUACUGUUGAACCAACCUGACCCAUUACUUAGAUCAUGCUUGGAUAUAUUAAAACAAAAGAAAUCUACAUAUAGAAAAGUUGUUUCACGUUCGCUGAAAGUCUACAACUUUAGAGUCUACUUAAGACCUAAUUGUAAUGGGGAAUCAACAAAUGACGGCAAAACGUUUAAAGAGUAAAAAUAUUAAGGAGAAGAAUUAUGAAAAUCGCCUCGAAAACUUGGUUUGUAAGAAUUUAAGCAUUUGAAUACUGUAAUUAUAUAACACCGCUUUAAAAUAUCAAGAAACGUAAUAAACAGGAGAAAUUCUAAUAAGAUGAAUAUAUUAAAGUAACAUAUUACGUACUUUUGUUAUAGAACAAGUUUCAGAUAAGCGACUAUAAACUUAUAUGCACGUGUAAUAAUGGGAGAACUGAAAUCUCCGAAAAAUGUUAUAUACAAAAACAUUGACAUAUAAGGAAUAGAAUUAAAGGUCAAAUAAGCGAUGUGAUAAAAUUGAGGAGAACAAACAUUGCAUGGAUCAAUAUUUCUGACUUGAAAAGUAUCUUGCAUAGUUGCAUAAGAAGCAGUUCUUAACGAGUCAGUGGCAAAUUGUUAGUUUACCUAACAAUCUGCGACUGAUUUUAUUUUCAGAUUCUUCAUAUUGAUACUGAGUAAAAAGGUAGAAAGAACCACUUUAGAAAAAUUGCUACCCUUGAAUACCACAAACGUGUGGCUUAGCAUUCACUACGUUACCGCUGAAAAUUGUAAAAAUAAUUGCAUAAUUAUAAAAUAUUUUUUUUUUGCUAGAACCGAAAUACAAAAAUAGUAUGGCUAUAAUAAAGAAAACAUAAAUUAACUGUUGUAUCGGAAACCUGCAAAAUAAAAAGGUAAUUUAUAUUUGAAAUUACUCUCUUGGUCUGCAACUGCGGAUAAAUAAACAAAUGUUUUAGAAUAUGCACAGCACAAGCAUGCUACAUCAUUGCUUCAUAAUGUUGAAAUAUAUCUACCUACUUAUCUAACUGCAUACACUGUAGGCUUUCUACUUUAUUUUGGUGUAACCAAUCAUUUUUAUUUUGGUUUUCGUUGUUCUUUGUUUACACUUAUUCAUUAUCAAUUCUGUGUUAGAUUAUAUUGUGCUCGUUUUAGCAUUACGUAAUACCUUUUUAAUGUCUUAAAAUUUGUUUGUCGUGCGAAUAUUUUUUUAACAGAUCGCCAGUGACGGUUUGGUAAUUUAUUUCGAUACAAUUUUUAUUUUUUAUUUUUUUGUGUUUUUAUUCAGUCUUUAUUACAGUGACCUAUGUACUGAUAUCAAAGCAGGUAUUUGCCUAAAUGUUAGAGCUAUCAAUAAUUAAUCAAUUCUUUCAGAAACCUCUUAAGGUAAUGCUUUUAUUAUAAUUUGUUUUCGUUGAUUUUGUUAUUAUUUAUAUAUUAUUUUCAGAAAACCAACAUAAAGGUAAUUUUGUGUUAAAUAAAUCUGUGAUCAAAUAAUGAUUAUAAACUUUUGUCUAGAUAUGCAUUUGUAGAAGUAAAUUUCGAGACAAUUUUAACUAAAGGAAAAUAUGUACUGAUGUAUAUAUAUAUCUGCAAAAAAUAUAACAUGUAAAGGUAUAUUAUGUACAUAUCUACAAUAAAUAUAUAUGACAGUAAAGUUCAAAGUCUAGAUUCAAAAAUCAUUAAAAAAGCGGUAAGUUUGCUUAUGACUACUUUGCAGGUUAUAUAAUCGUGGAAUUGACUAAACAAUACAGAAAUAUGUUUACACAUAUUAUUGUCCCUUAUCGCGCUAUCGCUAUCGCUACGAAAUAAAGGCUAGAUGCAAAAUCAUUUAGAAAGCAGUUCGCUUAUCACAGUUUACAAGUUACAAUACAGAAUCAUAACUAAAAAAGAACAUAAUAUCCUAAAAUUACGGAAAAGAAAUAGAUCAAAAAUCAUGAACGGGGUAAGUUUGCUAACGACUAGUUUACAGGUUGUAAUCAUGGAAUUUGACUAUACAGAAGACAAAUCAUAAUGACGCUGUUGCUAAGUUAUAAAUGCUGAUCGAACGAAAAACAUGAUGAUCAUUCAAAAUACUAAUGAAAAUUUUCUUAUAUUUGUAAUAUAAAACAAGGAAAAUGCAAAUGCAAAUGAAGGCUGAAAGUUAGGGUAAGCAAUAAAAAAAAUUAUUUUCCCAGGAGCAACAAAUACGUAAGGGUUAAGAAAAACCUAUGAUAUAUAUGUAUAUAAUUACCUAAAAUAAAUGAAAAGGUUAAAUGUAAUAAAGGACAUUUACAAGAACAUUAAUUAAUUAUAAGCAAGAAAAUUACGACCAAAUUAUGAAAUUAUCGUAACAAAAGCACUUGAUAGCGGUGAGUUUCUAACAAAGUUCCUUCACAGGUACCUUACAUUUGCCUAGUUUCAGAUUAGAUAUAUGAAGCAGGUACAGCAAAUAAAUAAAAUCGGAACUUUUAGCGAAAUAGCUUUGCGCCAAACAAAAAUAACUCAUUUGUUGGAAGUAGUUCCAGAUAAAGACAUUUUCUUACCAAGAAUAAUAAUUUUUAUCGUGAACUUCAAGAAUAUCAUCUAAAUCACAAUAUUAUAACGCAACUUAUAACAUGCAACAUGCGACAUCGUGCAACAUGCAACUGUCAAUUUUUUAUUUAUUUUAGGAUCAAGUUAUCAUUUAUAACCAAUAUUAUCUGCAUUGAAAAACAAAAAAGCUUAAAAACGCCAAGCUGUUUUGAAGAAAAUAUUUGACUGAUAGAAUAUUUCAACAAAUAUACCUAAUAAAAAAGCUCUCGGUAAUUUUGAAAUUUGCAGGUCAAAGGAAACAUGUACUGAAAAAUUUAUUACUGAUAAUUAAAUUAUCAUUUAAGGAAUAUUAUUAAUGUAUAAUUAAAUAUUAGUAUUAAUGUAAAGGAUAAUAUAGUUAGUAUAAUGUUGCUAGUAGGUAUGAUAAAAUAAUUUUUCUACAGGAGUUCCUUCUUUAUGUUUAAAUUUCAGGAUGUGAUGCAGUAUAAUUAAAAUUGUUUAAACAUAAGAUCUAAAAAACCUGUCAACAGGUUUACCAGUCCAAUUCUUUUAUGUUUUAUGUUUAACUAAUGUAGAAAUAGGAGAACGUGAAUACCUAAGAAUUAGGUAUAUAAAAAAUAAAAGAAAAAAUAUGCGGCAAAAAAAAAUUGUGCCCUAUAUAUAUACCUAAAAAAAUAAUAAUACAUACCUAUCUAAAAAAAAACAAAUUCUACUUACAAAAAAAUAUGUUGAAAUACUAUAAAAAAAAUAUACGUAUAGAAGUAAAUAAAAAAGAUGGAAAAAAAGUGAUCCAAAAAAAUUGUACCAUAUGAUGUAAAAAAAAAACAAAUUAUAAGAUAACCACGAUGAGAACUAUAUGUAUGAUGUGAGAGGUGUGGAAUGAAGAGAGAAGACCGAGAAGCGAGAAGAUGAAGAGAGAAGAUAGAGAAGAUGAAGACGGAAGACCGAGAUGAAGACGGAAGACCGAGAUGAAGACGGAAGACCGAGAAGAUGAAGAGGGAAGACCGAGAAGAUGAAGAGGGAAGACCGAGAAGAUGAAGAGGGAAGACCGAGAAGAUGAAGAGGAAAGACCGAGAAGAUGAAGAGGGAAGACCGAGAAGAUGAAGAGGGAAGGCCGAGAAGAUGAAGAGGGAAGACCGAGAAGAUGAAGAGGAAAGACCGAGAAGAUGAAGAGGGAAGACCGAGAAGAUGAAGAGGGAAGACCGAGAAGAUGAAGAGGGAAGACCGAGAAGAUGAAGAGGGAAGACCGAGAAGAUGAAGAGGGAAGACCGAGAAGAUGAAGAGGGAAGACCGAGAAGAUGAAGAGGGAAGACCGAGAAGAUGAAGAGGGAAGACCGAGAAGAUGAAGAGGGAAGACCGAGAAGAUGAAGAGGGAAGACCGAGAAGAUGAAGAGGGAAGACCGAGAAGAUGAAGAGGGAAGACCGAGAAGAUGAAGAGAGAAGACCAAGAUGAAGACAGAAGAUUAAAAAAGAAGACGAAGAAAGAAGAUGAAGAAAGAAGAUGAAGAAAGAAGAUGAAGAAAGAAGAUGAAGCAAGAAGAUGAAGAAAGAAGAUGAAGCAAGAAGAUGAAGCAAGAAGAUGAAGCAAGAAGAUGAAGCAAGAAGAUGAAGCAAGAAGAUGAAGCAAGAAGAUGAAUCAAGAAGAUGAAGAGGGAAGACCGAGAAGAUGAAGAGGGAAGACCGAGAAGGUGAAGAGAGAAGAUGAAGAGGGAAGACCGAGAAGGAAGAUGAGAUGAAGAGGGAAGACCGAGAAGGAAGAUGAGAUGAAGAGGGAAGACCGAGAAGGAAGAUGAGAUGAAGAGGGAAGACCGAGAAGGUGCGGAGAGAAGACCGAGAAGGUGAAGAGAGAAGAUAAAGAUGAAGAAAGAAGAUAAAGAAGAAAGAAGACGAAGAAAGAAGACGAAGAAAGAAGACGAAGAAAGAAGACGAAAGAAGACGAAGAAAGAAGACGAAAGAAGACGAAGAAAGAAGACGAAAGAAGACGAAGAAAGAAGACGAAAGAAGACGAAGCAAGAAGACGAAGCAAGAAGACGAAGCAAGAAGACGAAGCAAGAAGACGAAGCAAGAAGACGAAGCAAGAAGACGAAGCAAGAAGACGAAGCAAGAAGACGAAGCAAGAAGACGAAGCAAGAAGACGAAGCAAGAAGACGAAGCAAGAAGACGAAGCAAGAAGACGAAGCAAGAAGACGAAGCAAGAAGACGAAGCAAGAAGACGAAGCAAGAAGACGAAGCAAGAAGACGAAGCAAGAAGACGAAGCAAGAAGACGAAGCAAGAAGACGAAGCAAGAAGACGAAGCAAGAAGACGAAGCAAGAAGACGAAGCAAGAAGACGAAGCAAGAAGACGAAGCAAGAAGACGAAGCAAGAAGACGAAGCAAGAAGACGAAGCAAGAAGACGAAGCAAGAAGACGAAUCAAGAAGACGAAGCAAGAAGACGAAGCAAGAAGAUGAAUCAAGAAGAUGAAUCAAGAAGAUGAAGAGGGAAGACCGAGAAGGUGCAGAGAGAAGACCGAUGACCGUAAAGGUAAAGCGGGUAAAUAAAGAAGAUGAAGAGAGAAGAUGAAGAGGGAAGAUCAAGAAGAUUUGAAAUGAAGACCUGCGAGAUGAACAAAGAAGAUGAACAAUGGCGACCAAAAAGAUAUAGAGAAGUGACAUAGAAGUGAAGAAUAAAGAAUAGAACAUGAAAAGAAGACCGAGAAGAUGAAGAGAGAAGACAGAGAAGAAAAUGAAGAUCAUGAAGAAGAUGAAGAAGAGAGAAGACCUAGGAGGGAAGAAAGAAGGUCAAGAACGAAGUAUAUCUAAAGGAUCAAAGCCAAACAAAUAAAAAACAUAAAAAAUAUGCCAAAUGAAUCAAGAAAACAAAGUUUUACAAAGUUCCAAUAUAAGAAAGAAUACACUGCGGAGGCAAAACUGCAAAAAAUGAAGAUAUCUAAAGCAACGAAGAUAUCUAAAGCAACAAGAUGUCAGAACUCACGAACUAGGAGUGAAAGGUUUGCCAAGAAAGUUAAAAUAAAGAGGAAAAAUUGAGUCUUCAAGUUCAAGCCAAAUAUUGAGAGUGUACGGGAUAAAGACCAAUAAUUUUUAGGCUGUAUUAGUCAGACGAAGGAAUCCUGAAAAUUCACUGAAAAAGAGUUGGAGGAUAAUAUUAAAAGAAAUGAAAAAUGAAGACAAUCUUGAAACUGGCCAGGCAUAAAAGGUAAUCUUCAAAUGAGAAAUAACUACAGAAGACAAAAAUGAGAACCCAGAAUAUCGACAAAGUGAUAAUGUUUUAAUCAAAGAAUAUGUAUAGUACCUACACUUUCUAUAAUGAAAUAAAGUUCCAUGUAUAUAAAUA